AUGUCUCUAAUGUCAGCUUUCCGUCCACCCUCCACACGCACAUCGGCGAUCCGUCAAAGGUCACGACCUCGUCGGCGAAGAAAGACGAAUACACGAGAGCAAGCCGAUUUCCAUUCAGAUGGCCAUGUCCAGGAUCCAGAUGCCCACUCAAUUAUCACACCUUCCAAGCAUACACCAAAGUCUUUUCGGAAGCUACGAGGCUCGAUAGCUGCCGGUGGCCCUCUACGCCCUUUUCGCCUUGUGAAGCAAGACCUUGUCAAUUUGCGCCAGCGAUAUGUAUCAGACUGGACCGUUUUCAACCAGCUGAUUUUUGCCAGCGCUGUCUAUGUCUUUUUCACUAAUCUUCUGCCUGGUAUCACCUUCGCAAGUGACUUAUAUGUGCUCACCGGCAAAAGCUGGGGUACGAUCGAGGUCGUGUUCAGUACUGGACUCUGCGGCAUAAUCUUCUCGCUGUUCUCGAUCCAACCCCUCACCAUCCUCGGCGUAACGGGUCCAUUCUCUGUCUUGGCAGAGAACAUCUAUUCGCUGUGCGAAGAUGUAUUCCAAAUACCAUUCCUCCCGUUCAUGGCUUGGUCCUUGAUCCAUUCUGCUUGGCUGCACUAUUUGUUAGCGAUUAUCAACGCGCAUGACUGGACUAUGCGAUAUGUGACCACUUUUGCAACUGAGAUCUUCUCACUCUUGAACAGUAUCAUUUACUUCCACAAGGCUAUUCAAGAACUUGAGAGAGCUCAUGAAAGUCUAUCUUUCGCAGCUUUCCUCUAUGCUGUCAUAGGUGCAGUCGGAACUAUGCUCCUUGCUAUCUUCCUCUCCACCGCGGAAAGUUGGCGCCCUCUGUUCCACCGGUACAUUCGUCUCGGUCUGACCGAGUAUGCUGCUGCAAUCUCUAUUAUUAUCUUUAUCGGCUUGCCUCAUGUAGGAGAAUUGGCCAAUUUGGACAAAAUGACUCUGGCCGUGAGCACCUCCUUUCGACCAACAUCCCCAGAGCGGGAAAUCUUCUUCGUGGAAUUUUGGAAAUUACCCAUUCAGUGGAUCUUCGGAUCCAUCAUUCCCGGACUGAUCAUAACAAUGCUUUUCUUCUUCGAUCACGAAGUCAGCUCAAUCAUCUGCACUAUUGACCGGUAUGGCACCCGCAAGCCAGGCGGGUUUGCCUGGGACAUUGUGCUGCUAGGAACGACAACAGCAUUGUGCGGUAUACUGGGUAUUCCGCCUGCCAAUGGUCUUCUUCCACAGGCGCCUUUGCACUCGGAAUCCUUGAUGCAUACAGUGAAAGAAGAGAAGACGAUCAUAGUAGAUGGUGAAGAGAAGAUGGAGACUCGGGAGGUCCGGCAAGUAUACGAACAACGCUGGUCGGCCUUUCUCCACUCUGCCGCCAUUCUUCUAUUUAUCAGUCCCCCGUUCAUGAAGGUUCUUGGCUUGACUCCGACCAGCGUUCUUGCUGGGCUUUUCCUCUUCAUGGGCGAACAAAGUCUGUCUGUCAAUCCGAUUCUGUACCGGACAUUCUACCUUCUCACUCCACCAUCAGAGCUACCGCCACUGCCACAGUCCCUGCACAAGGACCCCGAAGCUCACAACGUCAUGGAAUCAUCAUCUCGCAACCCAUCCUAUCUGCCAAUUCAUCUCUACACAAUCCUGCAAAUCGUCAUCACGGUCGUAAUAUUCAUCCUAACCCUCACUCGCGGAGCUCCCGCAUUCCCAGUCCUGAUUCUCGCCCUCGUACCUUUCCGACUUCUCGUCAUGAAGAAAUUGUGGCCAAGAGAAGUCCUCCGCUUUGUCGAUGCCUGGGCCUGUCGCGAGGGUACGCCCGAGGACGACGAAGAUGCUGCGAAAUUGGAAGGUCUUCCAACUCGGGAGCCCUCAAGCGGAGAGGAAAAUGUCGCCCCUGGUGGAAUUUUCCGCCGCGAUGGCAAUGACGACAGACAUGGCCGUUCUUCUGUCGUUGAAGAUGGCGCUACCCGCAGCGAUUCUCAGACAGACCUUGGGGACCAGAGGAUAUGGGGUGCUACUGAUAAUGAUGUGAAUCAUGAAUGGGUGGCGCUUGAAGAACGAGAGCUUCCGGACGAGGAGAUAGGGCGUGAUAGAUAA